UUGCGGAGAUGAAUUCUAUAUUCUACAACCUAGCAAGUGUGCUCCGCGAGCUCAAUUUCGAUUUGUGAUUCACAGAUUUUGAGUUAUUUUAAUUCUGACGAAGAGGAAUUAAGAUAUACUUUCUUUUUGUUUGUUUGUUGGUCUGGUGGAAAAAUGUUGCACAAUCGUGAAGAGAACACUCGCGGAUUCGAGCGGGAGACCACGAAUUUCAUGGAUGUAGAUGAUGAUGACGACGACGAAGGCACGGCUCUGGUGGAAUUUUCGCCCUCUUCAACCCCUGAAUUCUCGCCUAUUUCGAGAUGGGACAUCUCAGAUUUUUGGACCCCUAAUAUCGGAGCAGGUCUCAGUAAUAUGGGAAAUACGUACUACAUGAAUUCUCCGUUCAAGUGCAUUACUUACACGGUGCCGCUCGUUGAGGAACUUCGCAACUGUGAUCAUAAAAUUCAAGCCCUAAAAAAAUUGAAGCAGCGUUCAAAGCAUACAAGCAGCACAGUGAGCUAUUUAAGCUGCAAAAGACAAUAG